CUCAGACCUCUGCACAUGCCAUCUCUCUCUCUCCAGAGACGUUACAAAAAAGACUGCGUCACUGUGAGCUGACACAAAUCGAGUCGCUCCAGUCUCUCGGUCGGAGAUUCCCACACAGCACGUGACGGCGUCGUGUGGUGUCGUCAGCGGCUCUCGACCCAGUUGUUCAGUCCAGCGCCGGAGGAGGAGGAGGGAGCGUUAAUGUCGACAGCUACCAGGAGAAAACACUUUAAAGAUUGUUAGCAGUGAAGUGAGCCUUCCCCCUCACCAUGUCCCAGGACAAGAGUGGAUACCCAAUUAUGGGUGAGACCAACCCAUUACAUAACAACGUCUAUGGACCACCUCAGCCAGGGUUCGGCAUGCCCCCUCCCAACUAUAGCCAAGCCCCAGGGGGACCGUACCCACCAGCAGCUGGCUAUGGACAGCCAGGCUUCCCACAGGCAGGUCCCGGGUUUGCCCCUGGUCCCUACCCUCAAAUGCCUUACCCUCAGAUGCCCUACCCACAAGGACCCUACCCUCAGGGUCCUUACCAGCAAGGACCCGGACAGCCAGGCUUUCCUGGUGACCCUACAGCAGUACCUGCUGGCAGCCCUGGUUACCAUGGUGAUGGGCCUCCAUCUUACUAUGACAAUGAAGAGUUCACCAACUCUGGCUUUGAGGACAAGAACAUCCGACAAGCCUUCAUCAGAAAAGUCUUCAUGGUUCUCACAGUGCAGCUGAUGGUCACGUUCUCCUUCGUUGCUGUCUUCACCUUCGUCGGUGAGGCCAAGGACUUUGUGCGAAAAAAUCCAUGGACAUACUAUGUGUCCUAUGCAGUCUUCUUUGUGUCUCUGAUCGUCCUCAGCUGCUGUGGAGACUUCCGCCGCAAGCACCCCUGGAACUUGGUCGCACUUUCCAUCCUGACCCUGAGUCUCUCCUACAUGGUGGGUAUGAUCGCCAGCUUCUAUGACACGGAGACCGUCAUCAUGGCUGUGGGCAUCACCGCAGUGGUCUGCUUCACUGUCGUCCUCUUCUCACUACAGAGCAAGUAUGACUUCACUUCCUGUCGGGGCGUGCUGUUUGUGUGCCUGAUCGUGCUGUUGCUCUUCUCCUUCCUCUGCAUCUUCAUCCGUCACAAGAUCCUGCACAUCGUCUACGCCUCAUUGGGGGCCCUGCUCUUCACCUGCUUUUUGGCUGUGGACACUCAGCUUCUCCUGGGCAACAAGAAGCUGGCCCUGAGUCCAGAGGAGUACAUUUUUGCCGCCCUCAACCUCUACACUGACAUCAUCAACAUUUUCCUCUACAUCCUGGCUAUUGUGGGACGCUCCCGCGAAUAAGGCUGCACCUCAAAGACAACAGGAGGGAGAUAGAGAAUGCCUCCCUUUAUUGUGAAAUGUUGCUAACAUGACCUUUCCACUCCUUUUUAUUUCUUCAUCACAAUUGUUUCCUUCUCUUAUCACACAUAGGGUUGUUUAUUUAUUUUAAACAGGUGGUCGGGCUGUGGAGCAGAUGCAGCCCAUCAUAAAAUGCAGCUACUAAGAGGAACACUAUUUAACAAGUCAUGUCAUUAAUGACAGAACCUAACAAUCUGUCUUUCCCUCAAUUUUGACCACUCUACUUGCUGUAACUGUCCACUGCUUCUGCCAACACAGAUGGCAACAUUAUGUCUUCAUUACCUAUCGCCCAUCCUCCAGUUUGGCUCGGCACAUGCAGUACAAUACAUGUUACCCUGUGGGUGCUUGGCACUCAGCCUUGCCGUGCUGCAGAGAUUAAACAGAAGAAGAGUCGGGAAGAUACUAGUAGUGCUUGAUAUUGAUGUAAACCAGCUUUGCCUGAAGAGAAGAAGAUGCUAGAAAUACUCACCAAUUUGUUUGUUAAACGUAUCCUUCCCUCUCAACCAGCUGGUGUAAAGUAACUGCAUGGCAACAGUGAAAACACAAAUAAAGAUGUAAUAUGAUUCUUCAGAACCUCCAGAGGAACACACACCUCUAGCUUGCUUCUAACAGCUGUAAAUAAUUAAGUGUAUUACUGUAUAUGAUGCCAAUGUCGCACCUGCCCCCUGAAAGGCAUGCUCAAGUGAUAAUGGAUGUGUUGCUUUUUGGGAAAAAUAUGCUCUGAUAUCAGAACUUUGCUUACCCAGUACAGUAACUUCAAUAUUUUAAUGGAAAAAGAAUGAAGGUCAGUGUUGGAUGUAUAUGACAAACAUGAACAUAUAUCAAUACAUUUAAGCUAUAUAUUCUUACGGAAUAUCUUUUCAAAAGGAAGAAACCUUUUGUUCUGAAAUUAUUUAUAUGAUUCCAAAGCUGAGAUGUCCCCUCACCCUCUUCCUUACCUUUUUUUCCUUUACUGUCCUCAGUUAUUUCCUCUCACCUGGUCAAAAACGUGACGUGAACAUUUACAGUAGUGCUGUAAUUUUAUUUUCUCAUAACAAAUGUGAAACGAUGUUGAUUAAUUGGGAUUUCUGACCACUUUUAUACCAAGCGUUUGGAUUAAAUAACACCGGCCUUGAAGGAAAUGGUACUUUUAAUUUAUUUUGAUUGAGCUUGGUGUAGAUAACGGGAUUGCUUUGAGGUGGCAUAUAAGCUGGUGUUGUGCAAAACAAAUCGUAGACUGUUUGGAAAUUUACAAUUGAAUUUAAUUGUGUAACCGUAAAAUACUGAUUACACUCUAGCUUAACAAGGUGAGACAGGCAGAAGGAUUUAACAAACACUGGAUGGAGGCCAAAACACUCCUCGUGAACACACAACUUGAAUAGCAUAUUUAACAUAAAGAUAAAGAUUUUUUUAUUGUGUAACUUCUGUUCUGAUUUUUCACCUUUUGCAUGACCCUGUACGUCAAUUGCAUGUGCUGAUGAUGCACACUGUUCAGGUAUUCCUGUUCUGGAGAGACACAGUGUUGUUUGGCAGCCCUGUUGGACUUUCUUUUCUUUCUUUUUUUUUUGUUUAAACUCUUGUGUUUGUAUCUAACGUGUAUGUGUAUAUAGAACCCCAUAGUGGUUUGAUGUGUAUAGAUAAAAGUACUUUGGGGGCUUUGUAGGUCUGUUUGCAUUGUAUAUUUGCAUUCCUCUACACUGCUGUUCGCUUUUCAUUAAAACUAAUACGAUGUAAAGGUG